AUGGCGGCUCAAUACGCCAGCAUGGAGGAGGCCGAGGCCGACGCCAAGGAGUACAUCGAGACCACGGUCAAGAAGGCCUUCGACCACCUCCAACCAAUCGAAGACACGAACGAGCCUUAUAAGGCCGGCGAUUUGGUGCUUUGCGUCCAAGAAGGAGUGUGGUACCCGUCAUCACUGGUCGAACAAUCGUCACGCUCGAAGAACAGAAUACAUGUGCCGAUCUUCAAGGUGCACUUCGACGGCUGGGCGCCGCGCUGGGACGAGUGGGUUGAAUCCGACGCCGGACGGCUGAAGAGACGCACCGCGGAGAACUUGGCCAUGGCUCGAGCAUCGCUCCAAGAAGCGGAAGAAGAAGCGGCCCAGGAAAGACUAGAGGAGGUCAGACAACGCUUCGCGAAGCAGGAGGAAGCCGCUCGCAGAAGAGCGUCGGGCGAGCGGCCCAAGCGGGAAACGAGGGCCAGUCACCCGCCCUACAACGAGCUCGUGUGUCGAGCGGUGUACGACCUGAAAGAAAGUUCAGGAUCGUCAGUGCAAGCGGUCGCAAAGUGGCUAAGGAUGCGCUAUCCCGUGAACGAAAAUAAGGUGCGGACCUCCGCCCAGACGGCCCUGAAGAAGUGCGUCGCCGAAGGGAGCAUGACCAAAAUCCGGAACUCGUUUAAGUUGAGUCCGAGAGAACAACGUAGGAGGGACGUCGCGGCCGGCGUCGAAGUGCGAGCCGGGCGCGAUGGGAAGCCUGACGAUCUAGAUGUCGAGAUUUCGGCACGACAAGAGCUGGGCUACGAGCCGCCGCCCGUCGUGAAGACGAAACCUUUGUUGUCAUUGGCGCCGGCGGACUGCGCGAGUGACGCGGUGUGCGUCGCGGAGUUCUGCGAGCGCUUUGACGUCGUGGCGCUGGGUGGUCAGACGGGUCGAUCUCGGUUGACUCUUGCCGAGUUGGAUGCGGCUUUAGCCGCGUUGCCGGACCCGCGAGGCUGGCGGACGCCUCCUCUACUAGCGAGACUAGCUUUAGCAUUAUUGAGAGUGGUCUGCGGGCGAGAUCCAGCCACGGGCGACGUGCCGAGUGAUCCGCGCGUGUUCAACUUGUGCGAGAACGAGUUGUUUGUUGGCCAUCGCCAGAACAGACGCGUCUGGGGACACGCGUUGAACGCGUUGACCUGGGCCGAUAUUUUUAGGAGGCACUUACUCGCGUCCCAGAGACACAGAAGAAGGGCUCGAGACGCGUUUCCGGCUCCUUACGUGCCCAAGCCCCCAAAGUGGAAGCAUCCCGACCGGGCCGCCGCGGACCUGGCCAUCGCCGCGGCUGCGGCCAAAAUUGCGGCGCGGAAGAAGGCCGAGGCGGAACGGCGGGCUCAGAAGAAGAGAGAAGAAGAAAGAAGGAGGGCCGCGGCAGCCGAGGACGAGGAGGCGCGAAAAUUAGCUGCUGAUCCCGGAGCUGCCGCUAUCAGAGAAGCCUACGCGCGCGAGCAGGCCGCGGCGGGCAAGGCGCCGCCCGCCGCGCCGCCGCCGCCCGUCGCGGCGCCGCCGCCCGCGGCGAACGGCGGUAACCCGCCGGCGCCGCCCGUCGCGCCGCCGCCGCCGCCCGUACCGGCGGCGCCGUGGGCGCAGGCCGCGGCCGCGGCGGCGCACGCCAUGGCGACGGAGCCGCCUUCGUCCGGUGAUGUGCUGCACGAGAGAGGAGGCGGCGGCGACGACGCCAUGGACGUCGACGCGCCGGCCGCCGCCGCGCCGCCCCCGCCCGCGGAAGCCGCACCAGCGCCGGCGCCGGCGCCGGCGCCGCAGGGCAAGGGCGUCUCGGCCGACGGUAGAAAAGCUCUCGAAGCGUGCUGGGCGUUAGAAUUCCCAGCUCUAGCGGACCCGAACCCGUUCCGGACGCGGCUCUCGCAGGAGAUCUGCGAGGAGAUCGGGUGUCCUGAUUAUCACGAAAAGUGCCCGAACGUAGCUGACUUAGCUCUAUGUAAAGAAAAGCUCGAGAAGUAUGCGGAUGAUGAAUCAUUGAAGAAAGAUAUCAAGCAAAUAGCACUCAAUUCGAGUACGUAUCACGGGCCGGUGUCGCCCUUCACGCAAGCGGCGGAACGACUCGUGAGGACCUUCGAACGCGUUUUGAGAGGUGAGAAGCCGCCUCCGCCGCGCAUCGACGCCCCGAGGCAGAUCGUGAAGACCUCGCAAACGGUCCAAGACCGCAAGGGCCUCGAGGCGCGCAUGGACGCCGACGGGUGGACGAGGGAAGAAAAGCCCCGGCCCAAUUCUACCCAUGUGGACAAGUACUUCCUGCCUCCCAAUGGUGGUCGGAAGUUACGGAGUAUCGUGGAAGUCGCUCGCACGGCUUAUCCCGAGUUUCUGGUGGAAAGUGGCCCUCGGAAAUCUCAUCUACCAAGGGCCAAACGCGUGAAGAUCGAACAGGUGCCCCACUACAACCGCUUUCCCUUCGACGACGCCGUCGAUAGCGACGAUGGGGCAUUAGCUGAAGCUAUCUACUUGUUCGCGGAGAAGCGUAGAAGCUUUGCAGCUUUGCAACCUAGGCAUGCCGCCGCUUUGCUGAAACACCUCUGUGAUGAUGCCUUACUCACGCCAGCCUUGCAGGAGGCUAUACGUAGAGUCAUCGACGGCAUCGAGGACCGGUCCAAGGAAGCUAGACAAGCUGCAAGGCGUGCAAAAGACGCGCAAAAACAAUUAAAUGAUUGCGACGACCCCGAACGUGCGGGUAUGUUGAACGACGAGCUGCUGCAUGCUCGCGCCGACGCGGACCGAUGCGCGGAAGCGAUUGACGAGUUGCGGUACUCGCAGCCUCUCAGAAAUGACAUGCUCGGGGAUGACCGGAGGUGGUCUCGCUACUUUUCGCUGAAGUGUGAUGCUCCACCUUCCCUUGUAGUUAGGGUCAGUUCAAAGGACGACCGGGCGCACCCGACGAAUAUCUGGCGGACGGUCGAGGAGGGCCCUCUACCGGUGCGGAAGAAUCUCGACUGUCGAGGCCAUCGCGAGAACCACCUGGCGGAGCAGAUCGACGGCACGUUUGCGGCUUACCUAGGUGCCGGUGGUGUGGAGCCGUCGCCGUGGCCGGUGAAGGAGGAUGGGGACGUUUCUAGGAUAGAAGCUUCUCGGUCCGUCGUCGAGAUGUCGCGGUGCGCGUCGCUGCCCUGGCCCGGCUCGACGCCCCAAGCUGUCGCUAUUGAACCGGAGGUGGCCAAGCCCGUCUCGUCGCGCAUUCGGACCCUCGUCGGUACGAGUGGAGAAGUGAAAAUGGCGGACGUCGACGCUUAUGCGCAAGCAGCUUUAGAGGCAGCGGCGCCCUGGCGCUGUCAACUGAACGACGUCAACGCGUGCGCGGGCAUGAACGCGGCGGAGUUGGACGAUACUCUCGUUAGGAUCAAGGCUUGCAAUGACGGCGAACCCCCUCCAGCGGAAGUCGUAAGCGAGCAGCAUCCGUCGCUCUCGGAACUGUGCGAUAAGGCGCUGGAGGUGGAGGCGGGGCUGUAUGAACUCGUGUAUCACGGUCGCGAAGCUUUGAAACAGGACGAAGAACCAGAUCAGAUUCUAGAUAUACAUGCUCGAGUGGAAAAGGACCUGGAGUCCGAGCGCGACUACUUCGAGAUCGUCGGGGCUUGUAGCGACCUGAAGAAUCGCGACGUGGGGAAGCAUCGGGAUUUGUGGCGGGCUGGCGUUGCUAGGUUGAAAAGAGUACAUCACACGGAAGCUCCUGCUGCCGCCGCUACUUUUCAGUGUUUGUAUCAAGGUUUAAGGGAGCAAGUCGCGAAGCACCUGGGACCGCUGGAAGCGCGCGUGAAGGCGGCUCAUAGUCUAUUAGCGUCGGGUAACGCGCCGACCGCGGGCACGGCGGCCGACGGCGCCGGUGCGGUGUAUAUUCCCUCGAAGCCGACGGGCGAACUAGUGUGGGCUCGGAUUCGAGGGUAUCCGUGGUGGCCCGCUCGUAGACAUGAACCUACUCGUCAGGACUUCAAGGAAGCUUUACAAGCAAGGGGUCGGUCACUCAUCGUUUUCGUGGGCGAGUCGGUCCAGUACUUCAUGCCGUCGUCCGGUCUGGCGGAGUUCUCCGGCGUCGAAGGUGAUGUUCAUUUGCCAAAACCAGGGAAGGCCACGCCGCAAUUAGCGGAAGCUAUUAGACACGCGCGGACCUCCGUCGGCGUGUACUACGACCCCAUCUCCAAGGUGUACAAAAAAGGAGGGAGGGGCGCGCCGGAGGCUUUGGCCCAAGCCGCGGCGGCGGCGGCGGAGGCGAAAAAACAGUCGCCGGGCCGGAAGCGGACGAUCAAGGAGAUCCUCGGGAGCUGGUAAGGUAUCUAUAUCUAUAUCUGUUACGGUGCUAGGACGACC